GGAUAUAGCAUGUGUUAUUAAAAAAUUUAAUUUCUAUAAAUUUUUAAGAUCCUGCUGUUCAAAAUAAAUCACAUUUAAUUUUUAUAAAUUAAAAAAAAAGAAACUAUUGGUUGACAUUGUAAAAUGUAGCAAAACUGCUUAUAUUUGAACUGUACCAAGUUCUCUAAGAAAAGCAUAGCCACGCAAAAUAUUGAAUUGAAUUUCGAAGGAGUCUAGUGGAUUUAUUAAAAUUAUUAGAUUAUUUUCAAAUAAAAAUUAUAAUCAGAAGAUUUAACGGAAACGAGAAAGCUUUUGGAACAAACUGAAUAUGUUCAUAACGAAAAACCGCCAGAAAAUAAUUUUAUAAGUGUCACGUGAUUUCUUUACAUGAAAAUUUAUAAAAGUAAAAGCAAAAUAAUAACUGUAUGAAUGUUGACGACAUCUGCAAAAAGUACAAAUACACAAAUUUUUUUUUAAUAAAAAUUUCCAAAUAUUCUAAUAUUUAACUUAAUACACAAAAAUUAAAUCCAUGCAAUUCAUAACUUUUUUUUUAAAAAAUAAUAGAGAAACCUAAAAAUUGGGAGUAAAAUUUCUUCAUCCUCAUAAAAAAAAUGACCGAUUCAUUGAAAUUGGCUGAAAUGCAACGCACAAGUAUUGAAUUUGAAAGACAACGUCAUUUGGCCAAUUGGUUUAUAAAAUCUGGUCCACAUAUGGCUAAACCAUCACCGUCUUUAAGUAUAAAUGGUGGAACAAAAAAUGGGACAAUCACUGCUGCAACAGGAAAUCCAUUAUUUUUUGUAGUAUCAACUGGUCAAAUAAAACAUCAACCAAUACCACCAUCGGGUAUUGGGGUACAAACAAACCCAAAUGGUGCAGCAAUUACAUCUGCUGGUACAGUAACAGUUAGUGGUAGUAAAACAGCUUUAUCUAGAUCACAAGUGAUUACUUCACAAGAAAAUUUUCCACUACAAAUUGUUACAACGACUUCAUCACAAGAAGGAGGCCGUAAAUCUAAAUUAAGACGUUUUAAUUCACAUGAUACAAGCGCCAAUAUGUUUUCGGUAGCUGAUUUUGAGAACGCAAGAUUAGCUCGACGUAAUGAAAUCGAAAUGAAACAACGUCAGCAGCGUUUAAAAAUGAAUUCAUUGAGUUCUGGUGGUGAUUGUUCUACUGGUGAUAGUAAAGGAUCCAAAUAUAGUAAUGAGUCACAAACCGAUCCACUAUCGGCGGAAGUAUUUUUAGAUCGAUAUUCUUUACCGAGAGUUGUGAGAAUUUCAUAUAAACAAAAAUUUAGUCAUGAAACUUUACAGUCAUCAUCGUCAAAUGGUUCAUCUUCAACACAAUCUUCAGCAUCUUUAAGUAAAAAUGAUGGAUCAAGUAAACAAAAUGGGGAAUUGUAUUUAUUGUAUCGACAUUUAAGGCAACGAUAUGUAUAUCAUGGUUUCAAUACAAAGACUGGUAUAGCAAAUCGUAAGAAAGGUGUUAUGAUACCGCAAGAGUUUCCAGGUUAUUUUUCUCUAAUAAACGAUAAAGGAUUGCCAACCGCAACUCAGUAUACAUCCUUAAUCCAGCUAGUCCGUGAACGUGUACAUAAAUUUAUAUCCGUAGAUAGUCUACCAGCUUUUACAGAAUCUCAGAGUACAACUAAUGCACCAGAUGGUUUCGUUGCAACUCGACCACAUUACAUAAAAAGUACAGCACGUGGAGGUCAAGUUUUUCGUUUAUUAGCAGUAUUUGAAGAUGGUAAUCAACAAGAUUCAUCAAAUACAAAAUUUUCAUCAUCAUUAACAUCAUCAUCGUCAAAUAAUAAUACAGGUCGUGAAAAAGAGAAAGGACGCUAUGCUCAGUUAUUUAAUGAAAAUCGUCAAAUAUUAUAUGUAUCAUUAACAGCAAAAGGGAAAUUUUAUGAAAUUGAACCAAGCAUUCCACAAAUAUUACAAAAAGUUAGUGGUUUUAGUUGUAAUUCAACAACAAUAUCACAAACAAAUUUAGAACAUAAUAGUAAACAACGUAAAAUUAAUCCAGAUUGUGUCCAUCGUAUUAGUAAUUUAAUAAAUCCUGAUAAAGAAUUUCCAAUAAAUUUAAAAUUUAUAUCAGCAUCAUCUGGAGCAAACUCAUCAUCAUCUUCAUCUUCAGUAUCAAUACCAGAAAAUUUAACAAUUACACAUAUAACUAAAGAAAAUGUCUUGAUUGCAUGCCCAAUCGAUGAUGCGACAAUUGAUUCUGGACAAAAUUUAUCAAAUUUACAGUUGAAAAAAUUACCAAUUACAAAUGAAAUGACAUUUAUGAAAUGUUUAUUAGGUUUUGAAAAUGAGCAAAGAAUGUUAAGUAAUCCAAAUGUACAAAAUAUUUUAAAAUUUUGUCAAUUUAAUUGUGAUCAAUUUAUAAAAACAAUUGAGGUUGAAGUAUUUAAUAGGCCAGAACGUUCAACUAGCAAAUCACGAGUAGAUGGUUUAAAGAAAUUAAAACCUUUAAAUUUUCCACGUUUAUUAAGACGUGAAAAAACAACAAUCGCACACGAAAAGGAAGAUUCAAUAAUAUUUUUAAGUAAAAAUGAUUUGGCGAAUUUGGAAGCGAAACAAGAGCAACAACAACAACAACAUCAGCAAACUCAAAAUCAACAACAAUCAAAUUCAAAUGAGCAACAAGCGCAACAUCAAAAUCGAAUGUUCUCUGAUAAAAUGAAAGUUUUUCAAUCAACUAAGAAAAAGUGGUUUAAACGUAAUGACAAAAAUACUUCAAUGACAUGUUUAGAUAUAGAUAUUCAAGCCAAGCGUAUGAGUAUGCAGCGAUAUAAUGAUAUGUCGAAAUUAUUACAAGAACGUUUCGGUGAGGAAGUUCUAGCUGCUAGUGGUAGUUCGUCUAAUAAUAGACCAGCUUCAGAAAUAGGAGGUUCAAUUAGGAUUUCCAAUACAAAUAGUGCUGACCGUAAUAUUCCAUUUUCAAAUAAUAUUCUUAAUAAUCAAAAGAAAAUUCAGAAAAGCCUUAGUUUACAAGAUGUUGAUUUAAUAGAUAAGCAACCAGAUUUGUUACCAUCGAAUUAUACCACUGAAACUACAACAUUAGCUGAAAGUAUGACCAGUAUUUCUAGUGGAAAUGGUUUAAUUUUGAAUCAAUCAAUAAAUCCACUAGAUGAAGAUUUAAAAACUGAUGUUGACACUAUAAAUAAUAUAAAUGCAAAUACUUCUAGAAAUGAUGGCAAUCAAUGUACAAAUAAUUUUAAUAAGCAAAAACAAUUUAUCAGUGAAAAGAUGUAUUCCGAAUUUCAUGUUAAAACCAAACAAUAUAGUAAAUCGUCAUCUAGUCUACAUCAAUUAUUACAUUUUGCAGUACCACAAAAAAUGAAUGUUGUCGAAACAAAAAAAGUAAAACCAAUAAGUUCAAUAAAUUCAAACAAAAAUGAAAUUGAAAAUUCAAUUCGAGACUUGGACUUAAUGCCAAAUAGUAAACAAUUAGAUUUUUUGAUUGGUGAUCCUGUUUCAAACAAUUUAAAUGACGAUUAUAGUAGUACAACAAUUAUUGAUGAUUUACCCUAUAGUAGUGUUAGAGAUUCCCUUUUAGUAUCCGAAGGAUGUACAACUUCUAAUCAUAAUAUGAAUGCAGAUAGUUUCAGUAGUGUUAUGAUAAAUAAUGGAUUAAUGAAUAACAAUGAUUUCAGUUACCCAAACUGCAGUAGCUGUAUCAUAAAUAAUUGCACAAGCUCUAAUAUUCACCACCAAAUUGGUACAACAAAUAACGCCACAAAUGGGUGUAGCUCUACCAAUAGAAUAACAAAUAAUAAUUUAAUUGAAAUAUUUGAUGAUCCAAGAGAAAACAUUUACGCUGAAAUCUGUCAUAACAAUAUAGAUAGCAGUAAUGGUGGCAGUUGUAGUGAUAUAACAACAGCUGGUGUUGCAAUAAGUCGCAUACAAAUUAAUGGAAAUGAAAAUGUUGAUGACGGUAUAGAAGUUUUAAGUAAUAUUGAUAAUGAUAACAAUCAUCAUCCUCAACAUAAAAAUGAUGAAAAACUCAAUUAUCCAGAAAUUGUCAUUAAAGGAGCCAGUGUUGUUCAAGCAACAAGUUAUAUAAAUAAAAAUAAUAUUGGUAAUAGUAGUAAGGAUAAUAACAAACAACAGCAGCAACAACAACAUAAAUUACAGCAUUUGAAUUCAAAUAGUCCCAGUAUUUCUGAUAAAAUUAAUAGUAGUGUCAACGGUGUAUGUAGUGUAAGUGGAAAUUGUGAUGCUAAUGAUGUAGAUGUUGAUGGUGCUAACAUUGACAAUAUAUAUAAUACGUUGAAAUGAUGAUUGAGUGCGAUGAGAUAUAAGUUUUGGAAAUUUUUUAAAUUCAAAGAAAAAAUUUGAAAUUUAAUGAACAGAAUUUAUUUAAAUUUUUUUUAAUUUUCAAACAAUAUUAUUAAUUUUUUUUGUUUUAAAAGAAAGAAAACUAAUUUUUAGAGAAUUUUUGUCACAAAAUAUAUAAAAAAAGGAGAAAAAUUCUUUCGUUAUGUUUCUUUUUGUAAACAAUUACUUAAUAUUUAAUUAUUAUUAUAAAUGUUAAUUAAAAAUUUAAAAUAAAUUGAUCAAAGAAUUGAAA